AUGGACGCUGAUGGCUACUCAGUACAAGGCCGUAGGCGAGGACGUACAAACCGAGAACCGGCGCGCGAUCGAGACCAAGAAUCUUUCCUCAGAGAGGUUCCAAAGUAUGCAGGUACAUCUGAGAACUUCGACAGAGCUCAUGCUCAACGCUACGGCCGAGAGGAGGGAUUGGGACCCGACGGUCAGCACAACCAUGGAUCAUAUCAAUUCCCUCGCGGUAGCGACAGACAGAAACUGCAUAGCCAAUACAGUGCCAGCACAAAGGGAAGAGACGUUGCACGCGGCGCAUACCAGAAAGACCUUGCUACCGCUAAACGGGAGUACAAAAACAUGGACGAAGAACAGCGAAACUACUACGACCAGCAUACGGGUGGUUUGCCUCCGCAUCAGCAUGAACGAUUAGAUCCUAGGGCGCAGGAAUAUAGGGACAAAAGCUACAACAAUGCAACGGGCCGAGAAAACUUUCAGCGAGCGCAUCCUCACGGCUACCAUAGCGUGCGGGAACAACAAGACCAUCACGACUAUGCACAGAAUGCUUAUGGCGAGUACGAGUAUGCUAGGGACCAGCAAACGCAUCAUGAGAGGUAUCGAUCCGAAAAGGUGACAAGGAAAGAACUGAUUGAAUUAACGCAGAAACACCGCGCUCCAAUCAUGGAGAAGCGUCUUUUCGGUUCCAGCGGCAAGGGAGACCAAGACUCGCUGAGCAUUAAUAUCGUGGUCACAGAAAGGGGUCCCGGGAUGAGCAUUUCGUGUCCUUUCUGCUUCUGCUUGGUUUGUCUCUUCCAGACUCUGCUCUAUGCUCCAGCUCCGAUUCCGGUUGCGAUUCCAACUGCGCACCAAGGCGUCGCCACGUCGUCUAACACUAGAGAGACAUCCUCCAAGGGCACAGGUCCAGGGAGGGGUAAGGCGGUAGUCCGGGCAGGAGCGAAUGAAGCUUCGGGAAGAGCGGUGCUGGGGCAGCAAGUUGGAAUAUUGGAGAUGUUGCGAGCGGAGGCGGACAUGAAGGGUAAUGGGAAGGAGAUGAGCCGGGAAUAG